GCGGCUACCCUGUGCGUGUCUAAUUGUUGCAGAUGUUGGUUUCUACGACAUUGCCUUCAAGUGUGGCAUGACGUAUUACGUGACGGUGACCGCGUGUAACAUGGCUAGUCUGUGCACCAUGGCGACAAGUGAUGGUGUCAUCUUAGACGUGACCGCUCCACGAACUGGGAACAUCAUGGACGGAACCCGAGAUGAAGAUGUCCAAUAUCAGGCUUCCAGGACAUUCCUUGGUUGUAAGUGGCGAGGCUUCCACGACCCUGAGUCUGGGUUAGCCCACUAUGAAUGGCGUGUGGGGACAACUCCAGGAGGUGACGAGAUUCUCGCAGCAACGAAUGCAGCCCUGGAGGAGGCCAUCUUCCACACGCUGUCACGUGACCACCAACUUCCGGUUGGACAGACUCUGUACACAACUGUCAGGGCCUACAACAAAGCAGGAUUAUACAGUGAAAUUACGUCCAACGGGUUUCUGGUUGACAUCACUCCACCGGAAGUUGUCGUGACACCAGGGAUUCUAGAUGGACACGGUUCCAUUGUGGCUGGGACGUCAAUCAGCAGGACGACCUUGAGGAUAGGCUGGAAGUUCAAGGACGAAGAGUCUUACAUUGAGAGACAGUACCUCUCCAUCUCAUCACACCAACUGGGGGAGUUCAAGUCAAGUCUCCUGAAGAUCCCAGGACUUGUUGAAGAAUACACGCUGUCACAGCUGGACCUCCACGAUGGAAGCAGCUACACAGUGAAGCUCGUCGCCUGCAAUAUGGCCGGCUUAUGUCACUCCUCAGACACUGGGGCCAUGCUGGUGGACAGCUCGAAUCCCUUGACAGGUGCGCUAGCUGUGCACACCGACCAUGCAGCGGGGUUGUCUCGACACCAGUCUGGCUGGAUGACAUGGAACAGGACCCGGCUGAACCUCGCUUGGCUUGGCUUCUCUGAUCUCCAUUCUGGAAUAACGCACUACAUCAUCACAGCGGGGUCUGCUGAGUUCGGGACGGAUCUUACUGAGGGAAGCACAUUUGUGCUCGUACAACACAAUGUGUCUGGCAUUGAGCACGAGGACGAAGGCAGAGUUCAGACUGGUGUUGUAGACACAAAUGACCUCUCUUCCACACCGUCUGUGUUUGUGGCAAUCUGGGCUGUCAACGGGGUUGGCCUCAAGAGUGAUGCGCUUCACCUGGAACUGGAACUAGGAGCUGGGGGGAAGCUGGAGCUGGUCAGACGGUGUCAGUCGUACAACUGCGAGGGUCACUGUGUCUGUGCCGUGCAGGACAGGACGUGCCACCACACACGCGGAUGUACACAGCUGCUGGAUGGUGGGUCAAAAAAUGUUCUGGCUGUGACAGAUGUCACUGACCUCCGCUUCACAACAUCCGAGGACAUUGACUACUCACCAUCAGACACCUUCAUGGCUGCCCGUUGGACGGUGCUGAAACAACAAGGGCUGCCUUUCACACAGUAUGAGGUCAGUCUUGGAGACAGUGACAGCGACUACCCAACGGGUGUGUUUGACAGUCACUCCCACAGAGUCUGGUUCAGCGUCGGGCGGCAAACAUCAGCUGUCAUCCUUCUGGCACACGGCGAGGACCUCAGCAGCCGGCUUUGGUAUUCCUUCUUUGUGAGAGGCUGGUAUAAUGCGACGACGUAUAACAUCUUCAAGUCAGAUGGGGUCAUGGUCGACACAGCCCCUCCCAAGACCACCGACAACCAGGCACUCGCAGUGAUUGAGCUCAGUGAUGACGAUAGAGUCAAGGAUGCAGACUUUCAGAUGGCGACGGACACAGUCAGGGUCAGCUGGACCAACAAGUUCCUGCCGGGCGCCGCUGGGAUUCUCAAGUACCAGGUCUACAUCAGUACAAGCCCCGGGGGACACAGUAUCCACGCGUCAGAUGACCUGACCACCACGAAGUACACAGCCAGGGGGCCUGAGUCUACAAGCAGCCACAGUGUACUACUCCAGUGUCCUGGCCUACAACAGAGCUGGCCUGGUCAGCUGGGCUCACUCUGACGGUGUCCGGGUGGACGUGCUGCCUCCUGUAGCGGGCAGAGUGGAUGACGGACAAAACAUGCACGACACGGACUACCAGAGUUCUCCAUCAGAGGUCUCCGCCUCCUGGCACGGCUUCUCUGACACGGACUCCACGAUCAUCGCAUACUUCUGGUGUGUGGGAAGGG